AUGAGAACGACAACUACUAUUGUGCUUCUGGCUGCUUUUCUGGCCUUUGCCAUGGCUAAACCCCAUCCGGGAUACGGUAGACCGUCUUACGGAGGAGGUAAAGACUCAGAUAAAGAAGGCGUUCAGCUCUAUAUUGUUCAGGUGACUUUGGAGGAGGCGGCGGCCAGUGGGGAUCCCAAUCCUCUUCGUUCCAAUCGAGUUCCGGCGGCUUCCAGAACCAGGGUGGAUUCGGCGGAGGGCCCGGAGGAUUCGGAGGCAGUCCUGAAGGGUUCGGAGGUGGUCCUGGAGGCUUUGGAAGAAGAUAA